UUUGUGCCUCUUCAAGUUCUAUCUUAUCGAUUUGGCGUAAGCAUCGCUUAUAAUCCUUUGUCUUGAACCAUGACCACCACUACAACUUUCACUCGAAAUGAUAUCGAGAUCGCGACAAGGGCAGCAGACGCGUUUACGCGUUUGUACUACACCACAUAUGACUCCCCUACAAGGGUGGAUGAUCUCCCCAAACUUUAUCGCUCCUCAUCGACAGUGACUUGGAACGGAAAUCCAUGUCAGGGUGCUGAGGGCGUGAAAAAACUGAUUCAAGAUAUGCCAAGUACCAGGCAUGAAGUUCAGUCCUACGAUUGCCAUCCUAUACCAGGCUCUCAACCCCCAUCACUUCUUGUUACGGUGUCUGGCAAUGUCACCCAUGGACGCGGUCCUGCUGGCAAUCCAGUAUCGACACCGGUCAAAUCAGUCGAUGGACAGCCCAGAGUCUUCUUCCAAUCAUUCAUGUUAGUACCCGAUCCAACGGCACCAGUAGUCAAGGCGGGAGAGGUUGCAAAGUACUAUGUGGAUGCUGAUUCUAUGCGAUUUGUGGGCUAAGGCUCGUCGACGCAGAUAUACCAGUUUCAUUGUCUGUCGGGUAUCAUGGAUCAUCUGACCGAGUUAUUGCGCAAGGUCUGGUGCCUUAGCAAGCAAUAGCAGUAUCAGAACCAUGCCGCCACCAUCAGUCAUCUUUAAGCGAUCUACUAUGGACA